AUGCUUCUAGGUAGUAUUUGUUUACUGAUGAUUGGGGUGCUCGGGUUUUGGAGUGAUUCAGACACAAUAAAUAUAGACUUAGCAUCACAUAUGCCGUAUAUCAUUAAAAAUAUAUUUGAGGAUCAAGGUAAUCCAGAAAUUGAAGCUAAACUGAUAGCGCAAUCCUAUUUAGCUAAAAGAGAAGUAUUUAACUUAAAAAAAUUGAAAAAUGUAAUAUUUACAGGAGAUUUAUUUAAGUAUGCUGAAGAGUGAAAAAGAGAAUUAUUUUAUGAAAUCUUCCAAACAGAAUCAAAAGAUAUCCUAAGAGACAUCCAUUAUAUUCCUUUUUCAUAUGAAUAUUAUCAGGCUAUUAAAACAUCAUUUCAUACCUGAAUGUCUCAGCAGCCUACAGAAGAAGAAUAUCAAAAUAUAGAAACAUCCCAUGCUGAGUCAAUCGAAUGCCCAAUAUUACUGAACUUUCCUUACACAUUUUAA